AUCAACAAUGUACCCUUUCACGAUAUACAUCGAAUUGGCUUUAACCUACCUUCUCUCUUCAAGAAGAAGUGAUGUAAACAAGCUUCUCACUCGAAACUCUGCGUUUGCCGAUAUCCCGCCUACAAUUCAAAUCACCUCGGCUGAUCUCGGCGAGUCCGGAUCGAGGAUGCUGAAAAGGCAUACACAGGACGGAGAAAGCGACUUUCCUGAACUGUCUUGGAAUGCCGUCGAUGGUGCUGCAGAGUACAUACUUAUUUGUGAAGAUGCAGAUGUUCCUUUGUCUGAACCGAUAGUGCAUGGACUAUACUACGGAAUACCAGCAAGUGUAACCUCUUUGAAGCCCUCCGAUUUCCAGAAGUCUGAAAAAGGGUCGUACAUGUUGAAUGGAGGGUUCAAGUAUGGAAAGAAUCGUAGACAGCACGUAUAUGAUGGACCUAAACCACUCGUUAACCAUGGCGAACACCGAUACUUUUACCAACUCGUGGCGUUGAAAAAGCCAUUGCCUGACGUUGGUCCAUACCCAGACAAGGAAUCUGUGACUGAGAAAUUGCAUCAGGAGGCGAGUAUUUUAGCAUGGGGUGAAUGGGUCGGUAACUAUGAAAGGAAAUUGGAAGACUUCUCUUAAUAAAUGACAAUAGAAUAGCUAGCAUAUGUAAUAGAUGUUUAAUUUUAUAUAAAAUCACUUUUUCAUACCCUCAGAGCUU